CGUAUUGCCAAGCUCAAGAUACUGCUGGAAGGCGUCUACACGGAGGCUGGUGGUGGCGAGAGAGUGCUGUGCAUGGUCGGGAAUGCUCUCCUCCCCAUGCGUGGCGGCGGCAACACCACGGAGGGGCCGUGGGACUGCGCCAAGAAUAUCGGCGAUGGCAGCAGCAACUUCGAGCUGCCGGUCGUCGCCGAUGACAAUAUAGUGCUCAUUCUACGGUACCCAAAGGCGCAGACAUUGACAACCCGGGCGGUGCACGGCGAGAUGACGAGCACGAGCGCCAAGUCGGACAGCGUGUACUUCGACACUGUCCGGCUGGUUUCGCAGUUCGGCGGCCCAUACGCCAGUUACCGGUUCCGGACGGAAGAGGAAGACACAAGUGGGUGCAGCACGCCCUUGUUCUUCUGCGACGACGACGUCGCCGGUGGCUGUGCAGGGGACCUGCACGAAGACGUCCCUUUCUGCGACAUCCUUCGUGCCAAUGAGCACGGUGUGCUCGCCGUCGUCCCCAACUGGAACUGUGACUCCACCGACGAGUUCUGCGGUCGACUGGGACCCUUUGUGAACACGACGGACAGGGCGUUCACGGGUUUUGCCAUCGUGAUGCAAGGCGUUCGGUGCGAGCCGACGAGCGGACUGGACGGCAAGGCGGCCGUUCUGGUGUCGGCCGUGUUCCAUGCCAUGCCGCCGUGGGAGGACCAGGAAACGGCGGCGAAGCGUGCUGGGCUGAGCGGCAUGACGCUGUCGGCGGAGGGCGUGUGGAGAGCGUCGACCGGGCGGCUUUGCAUGACGGCCUGCCUGGGCACCGGCACCAGCAAGGCUGCGUGCCAGCACCGCGUCUCCUUGUACAUCCCCACCAAAUUCUCCAUCACCCGCCGUGGCAUCCUCAUGGGGCAGAUAACCUCCAUGGAUGGCAGUCAUUUCCCGCUGUCGUUCCACCGAGCAUUGCAUCCCAGACAGGCCUGGAAUAAGGCUGGCGGCUCCGACGAGUGGGUGCGCAUGACGUACAGCUACAACAAGGUGGAGCAGGCCAUGGAGCUUCUCUGGAGGACCAAGCCCUCCAGGAUCUCCAGCAACCUUGCCGCCAUGUCUCUGAUUAGCUACCCAAGGAAACGUGCCCACGGUGACACGGCGAUCCUCUCCCAAGAUCUCCAACUCCGAUUCCGGGUCGUGCCAAAGCUUCACCCUGUACCAGAAUGGGUCAUCAAGAGACAAUCCUCUGAGCGCUUCUUUGAGCUGCAGAUAUUCUCGAUUGGCCCGCUCGUCAGCUACGUGCCCCGCUAG